UCUGGUUUCAAGACAACGUCUGCUGCCGGACUUCUUAACGACAUUAAGUCGUGUACCUUUUCUGUGGACUCUGCAUGACCUCCUUUUUACCCUCAUGGGGCUUCGCCAACUGGUGCAGGAUUCUUCUCACAUCACUAAAAUGUGUGCUGAUGAGCCUCGAAGCAUUCCCUAGGUGUGUUGGGGGGCUCUUAUAAUGGACUGGCUUCCCGUCCAAGAUUAGUUCUCUGCCUUAAGCCCCUAUUUGCCAGGUCAACCACUGACUCCUAAUAACAUAAAACAUCUACUGGGAAAAGAGUAGUUUUUUCCGGUUUUAAUUUUAGGAGGUCAGUAAGGGGCAAGAAGUCUUGUGCAUGCUAACGUCGUUCAGUUGGUGUAAUCUGGAUUUAUUACAGCCUGCCUGCGGCAGCGAUCAGAAGUGCAGUUGAUGGGUUUGCUAAUGCUGCCUUCCUGAUUUAUAAGGCAUGCACUGAUAUUUUUUUCGGUCACUUGGCGGAUUGAAAAGAAAGCUGCAUAGACGCAUUUGGAACAUUGAUUGGAAUUUACCAGUUGCAGGGUCGAUUUGUGCUGUCGUAGGUACACUGUGACAACUGCUCUUUUCAGUCAGCAUCGUGGGAUCUUUGACAUCACCUAAGCAACCACAAACCAAACAGAUGGAACCUCAUUUUAACAUCUCAUCUGAAGGAGGACACACUCAGGAAUACAGCACUGUCCAAUGCUGCACUGCAGUAUUAGCAAUCCAAUCACCUGGAAUGGGUAUAGGACCCACACCCUUCUAGUCUUCCAGCACUAAAGCUCACUUAUUGACUGAUACCAACCUGGGGCAUUAAAGAACUGUGAGAACAUUCCUGUCAUUAACAACCAAAAUCUACCAUGGAAAAAGUGAGCACCUUCACCGUGGAGUAAUUCUCAAGUUCCUUUUCACAUUGUUACAAAACAAACAGAAAUGACAGGCAUGAAUGCUUCAGCUGAGGUUUACAGCAGCAGCAGUCUAGAGAACAAAACCUUCUUGGGCCUGUUUCCAACAUCAAUAUCAACUGCUCUAAAUACAUCACCCAGCCAGCUGUCUAAUGUGUAUGUGUAUGUGUCCAUAUUUCUUAGCCUAUUGGCUUGCCUUCUGCUGUUACUAAUUAUUGCCCUUCAGAGGCUGAAAAACAUAAUUUCUUCUAGUGCACCCUACCCAGAGAGCACAAGUGAUGCAGGGACCUCAUUCACCAACUUAGAAGUUUGUAGUCUCUCUUCUCAACGGUCCACAUUCUCAACACUGUCAUGACAACCAUGAAGGCAACCAAUGAGUAACAUUUGUAAAAUAAUAAUGCCACAGGUCAUUAUGGCUGAACUCUAGGCAAUAUUGCCCAAGUCUGGGCUAUUCUGAAUGCAGUCCUUCUGACUAAGAAGCAGUAUUUCUGGGAAGAAGGUUAGACGUUGGAGUGCUCUCAAACAUAACAAUGCAGACCAAUGCCCCUUGUUCCAUGAAAUAUUCAAAAUGUUUUUUUACUCACACAAACAUGGUGUGGUUCCAAAUGUUUAUUUUAGUAAACAAAACUAUGCUUAUGGUAAACAAAAUAAUAUUAAAUAAUCUUUUUUGGAUUAGUAACAGUAGGCACACCCAAUCUUCCAUAUUCUCUGUCUAUUGCAACCUAGAGGUACAGUUUUUAUCUCUAUCUUUAGCAACACAGAAUUGCUCAUAUCCACACAUGCAUGUCUCAUGCACUCCAGAUAUCCUCUGCUACACUUGCCUCUCCUAUUUCAGUAGGAGUCUCUUAUAUAUUGUUACCACUCUUUCUGAAAAGAAAUACUUCCUAUCACUACUUCUUUCCCUGACCACUCCCAGUGUCAUGUCAUAACUCUUUGUCCUUUAGCAACUGAUUCUGUGGAAGAUACUACCUUCCUUUAACAUACAUCUUUGAGAUGUUAGAAACUUCCCUAUAUAUCGUCUUUGUCUGUACUGUACACCAAGGUAUGCACACUUAAGCUUUUUCAGCUUUUUUUCCACUGAGUUCUAGCUUAGACUCUGCAACCCUGUUGUUUCCUUUCUUUGAAAUGACUCUGCUCUUUCUUUGUUGUACAGAUUUACAACCUCAAGACUUCUAAAGAGGUCUGAACAAUAACUUAGCAGAGGCAGUAGUUUCAUUUCGUAUGCAACUGAACAUUAAGGUGACUCUUACUGAGUACCCGGAACACCAUUUGAUAAUCUGCGGAUACUGUAAUAUGAUUAGUUCCAGCUUUGAUUCUUUAUCAGUGGCUUUUGAAACUCCCUCUCCGAUUAUCUAAUCUGCAUGGCUUCCUCUGACCCACAUAUGACUUUUUCAUUUUAAAUGUUAAUUCUAAAAAGCUACAUGCUGGAUGAUUCCUCUGGUUGAUUAAAACCUGAUUAUAUUUCUUGCCCCUCCAGGAGUGCUAACCCCAUUACAGAUGUAACUAUAGUCCUUAACUACACUCUUAAUUUCCUUACAGCUCAUUUGCAGUGACACUGUGAUAAAAAGGUUAAACAGAACUGAACGUGUGACCAAUUUAUGUGGUUAUCUACUGGUCAUUGUGUGUUUUGGAUAAAUUCCGUUCAGGCCUAGAUGCUGACGAACAUUUAUGUAAUAAUAAAGCAAAUGUAAUUAAUA